GUUAAAAAAUGUUUUUAGUCGCUUUAAUCUGACUUAUCCAUGUACAAGCACCUGUUCUAUAAAAGCGAAUCUAUUAUAUCUUAAUAAAAUGGCGGAAAAAAUAGAUUUAACUGCGCAAGAUAACCCAAAUCAAGGUGAUAUAAACGCAGACACCGAGGCCAGACAAGCGGAAUCAGAAACAGUCGCUAUUAUUAUGUCAGAGAAAACGGAAACCGUACCCACAGAACCGCAACUCGGUGAAAAUUCAAAAGAUGACAAGGGGAAACACGGAAAACACGGGAAACACCACAAGAAAAAGGACGUGGUGACGUACAAAACACACCUCACUUCCCUCGCUCACGUUAGUGUUCUAGUGUUUGUUUACGUUGUUAUCAAGCUGUCGUUCAGAGAAGACUUUGUCUUGUUUAGUUGGCAUCCGAUUUUGAUGAGCUUAGGGUGGAUGCUGUUAAUGACUGAGGGCCUCUUCGCCAUCAACAAAUACAACACGUACUGGCGUUUCAAAACUAAAGGCGGGUUCAGAGUGAAAAUUCACUGGAUCACAACUUCCGUAGGCUAUACACUGGCCGUCAUAGGUUUCAUAAUAGCCUACAUCAACAAAAACUUAAAAAACAAAGACCACUUCGUGACGUGGCAUGCGCUGUUCGGUAUCAUAUCUCUGGCAUGCACUUUACCGCCUAUAAUAAAUGGUAUAGUGCUACACUACAAAAAGGAACUGUCAGCUUACAUAUCCAGACCUAGGUUGCUGAAGUUUGUUCAUGUGUCGUCGGGAACUCUGGCGUUCUUAUUUGGCGCGUUGAGUGUAGUGCUGAGUGUUUACAGUAACUGGUACAGGAAAAAGUCUUACAGGAGUGACUAUAUCUUUUGGUUGGGUUUGAUUAGUGCGGCGUAUCCGCUGUUUUGGGCAGUGUUUGGACCCAGUGUGAAAAUGUAUAAUGUGGUAAAAGACUACUUUAAUCCUAAAGAGGACUAGGAAAGAUUUAUAAUAUACGCUUUAUAUUAGACUACCAAAUGUAAUUAUUUAUUUUUUAAAUAAAAUGAUUUUAAAUCAAAAAGA